GUUAGCCAAUCAAAUAUCAACGAAAUGUACAUUUCCCGCGGACAACAGGACCAUGAAUACACAUUGAAAUAAAAAAAUGGCCUCAACAAAGUCUGUAGAUAUAAAUUUAGCUGCUGUUGUAGCAAUAUUAGAGCAUGAGUCCAGCAGCCAUGAAGACAAAGCUGAUGCCUACAGUCAGGUGACAAAGCACAUGAAAGACGAUGAUUUGUCAUUGUUUGACCUUGACCUGUCUAAACAUGGAAAACUGGUGGUAACCAUGGCAAUAAGAGAUAUUUUGGAUAGUCAUCCCAAAGUUAGCCAUGGUGCUCUACAUGUGUUAGGUUUUUGUCUUCAUGACAAAGACAUAGUAAGGUCAUUAGGAUACCCACUUCAAACAAAAUGCUUGAUUGCCAUUGAAAAAUGUAUUGGAAAAUUUUGUGAAGAUAAAAUAGCAUGUACUAGAGCAUUGUGGUGUAUUGGAAACCAAGUUCUAAGUGAUUUUAUUGUCAAAUCAGAGUUGACCAAGUUGAUUAAAGCUAUUGGUAAGGUCUGGAACAGAUGGAUCAGUAAAUCUGCUACAGUUGAAAAUGAAGCUUCUAAGGCUGUUAUAAGGCUAUAUCAACAAGACCCAGAAGGCAUGAAAGAGAAUUUUGGAGACUGGGGAAAGUCAACAUUAUUAUCAUUGGUUCAUCUGGUUCCUCAAAUUGGAUCUCAACUUUUAUCUAUAGCAAGGGAAGUCUUUACAAAGGACAAUGUCAUUUUGUGGUCGAAACCAGUUUUGGAUGAAUAUAAAAUGGCUAUUGGACCAGAGUUAAAGAAAAUGAUGAGUGAGAAACAGGAAGUUCAUGCUUUAAGAUUAUGGUCAUUGUAUGUGCAUGUUCUGGGGAAAGAAUUACAUAAUGGCAAUUUUAUCAACCAGAUGUUACCAUUAGUAGAGGAAGGAUUUAAAAGUAUAAAUGCAGAAGUAAAGAUUGAAGCUUUCAGAGCAUGGAAACAGUUAAUCCUUAAUUUCUCUACUGACAUCAGCAUUUUGUCAGAUUCUAAACGUAUAAAGUUGAUAAUGCAAGUUUUCAAGUUUAACAAUGCUAAAACUGAGCCAGUGGCAGUGGAAAAGUUUAAAAUAUGGUGGUUCUUCAUAACCAAGCUGGGUAGCAAAGCUGCAGUUUAUUUUGACCAGGUUUGUUUGCCCUUGCUGAAUUUCUGUCUUGGAGGAUCAGUAAAGACCAGCACCUCAACUGGAACUCCUCGUAUGCAGACUGGUAUAAGUCCAAUGACACCACAUCUAAACCUACCUAGUUCUAGUAGUGGAUUACCUGUGUUUGAUAAGCUACAGAGAAAUGCAUGGGAAGUUAUAGGUCAUUUCUUUGGAGACUUUCCUUCAGAUCUAGGUGGUUCAUCUGUUAAAUAUCAACUAGAAUCUCCAAAAGUAGAAUUUCUAACAGGACCACCAUCUUUCCUUAAACAUUCACUACCACUAAUCACAGCUACUAUAGAUAUAUUAAAGUUUGAAUUUACCACAGAGGCAGUGUUACAUCAUAUUUGGUUUGCAUUGAUAGCACAUAUUAAGAAUGUCCUUGACAGUGGAAUCACGUCUGAUGUUAAAGAAAUGUUUUCCUUCUUCUUGACACAGUUCCAAACUUUAGUGUUGAGUCAGGCUUUACACCUUCCAAAAAUCUGGACAAUGUUUGACGCUGUUUGUUGUUUACCCAGGAAAUCCUUGUCAUCUACAGCUUACAAUAUCAGUAAUGGUGAGAAAAUACAUGGAAGUCCUGCAUUGUUUUUGAUGGAACUUUUAUUGACUCCAUCUGUUUUGUCCAGAUCACAGAGAAGUGAAAAGUAUAUGACCAUAUUCAGUAAUUUGACAUCUGUUGGUUUGGAGAAUGGAACUGGUUACCUAGAGUUCUGUCAGUCAGUUUUAGAGCUAUUGGGUAGGAACAGAGAAUUCAUCAAGGAACCAGAUUGUAUUUGGAGACUAUGGAGUAGACUAGCUAACUGCUUACAUGAUCAGAUAACAAAAACCAAUGAAAUAAACCAAGGAGAUUCAUUAGAACACAACUUUAAUUGUAUGUACAACAUGUUGACUUUCCCUGUCAAAUAUAAGAUGACACAUGCUGUGGAAGCACCAACAUACAAGACGAUGGUUAAGACCUGGACAGAGUUAUAUAGCACAUUGUCACGUCUCUCAGCACUAGUGACCACAGCUGAAUCUAAUGUUUGUUGUGAAGAGUUGUGUCAUAUAAUACUCAAAGACAUUGCAAAGGAUUGUUUAUUAAAUUUGAAUGGUUUAGAUUUUGUAGCACAAGGAUGUUUGGCCAUGAUAAACUGUAUGGACUUUGGUUCUGUUGGUACUGUUGGAAACUUCAAUAUAGGUGGUAUAAGUCCAGCUAAAUGGGCUAAGAAGAAACAGAAACCUUUAGAAAAUUUACAAUCAUUUGUUGAUCUGCUGUGUCAUUUGAGUGUUGUCUUCACUGAGUUAACAGAAGACUUCAUGUCUAGUCCACAAAAGUUGAGAUCUCUAACAAGAAAAAUUGAUGGUGGAUCCCCAAAUCUAACCAGUAUACUAUCAACUGUCUUUGAAACAAUAAUAAUAUUGUAUGCUCAUAUAACUUCAUCAACAUUUUUGGUCAAACUUCUAGAGAAGACAGCCAAUACCAUAUCAGGUCUCUACAAAUUAUCUAGUGGAUGGUCUGGUGUACCAUUCAUUAAAAAGACUGAGAAAAUGACCGAGACUAUAUGUAAUAGUGUACAGAAACAGUACAAUGGACAACUGGACUCCGACUUUCUCAAGAUCAUGUCACCUUUCGUAGAGGCCACAUUAUCUCAUCCUAGACGUAGCAUUAGUGUCAUCACUCAAAACUUUUGGACCAAUACAUUUAGUACAGGACCACCAUUGGACUAUCCAGAAAGUCUCAGUGAACUUUUACAGAGUAUGACUAAGAAACAUCGGCUUCGGAUCAGUUUACCAAAUUGGGUUGUUAAUGAAGUAGAUGUUGUUGAUGAGACACCUUGUAGUGAACUUACACAGGGGGAUUCCCAAGCUCCAGAACCUCAUAUUCCUGGAAUACCAUCACCUCAUAAGAUCUGUGGAAGUUUUCUCAAGAAAGCAGUAUCACCUCACAGGGAGAAAUCUCCAGCCAAAUCAGCAGACAAAACUCCAAACUCUGCGAAAAAGAAAAUCUUACCAGUAGACGACUUUCAGAAUGAAGUUUUUGUAGUUAUAAAAUCACCACCUCCAAAAAGGAACCCAUUGACAGAACAUCAAAUUGAAAUUUUCAAAGAAAAAAGGACAGUACCAGCUAUGUACAACACAUUGGAUGCCUCACAAGAUAUUUCUUUGAUGUCUCACUUCAACACAGGGAAUUCUCAGUCACAAUCACAGCUACCAAAGAUUUUACCAGCCAAAAAUUCUGAAACUUUAAAACAAGAAAAAGAUAAAGGUGAACAAUCAUCGCAAAAAUCAGAGGUAAAGAAGCGUGAACCAAGUAUACAUGGGAAGAGAAACAAGAAAAAGUCCUCCAUAAAUGAUUCAGAUGGGACUUCUAAAACCAAUCAGAGAUCUGUAAGGUUUUCUGAUGAAAUCAACAUUGAUGCUACAAGUCCUGAUGCUUCACAAAAAGAUAUUGCUCACUUUAAUGUCAUCAAGAGUAUGUUACCUAACCUUGCCUCAAAAGGUACACCAACUAAACAGAAUGAAAACUUGUCUGAUGAUCACCAGUCACUGAUGGGCAGGGAAGAGGAUGAAAUCAGCUGUGUUCAGCAGCUUAUGUCAUUAGGUACACCAAGACUGUCACCACCUGGCAAAUCCUCACAGUCUGAUUCUCCUUGUAAGGAGGAAGGCCUUCCUUCACCAUCACAGAGAAGACUAGAUUCUUGGAUAAUAAAAUCUCCUAUAAAGCAGUCAGAACUUUCUAAUUUUAGACAAGAAAAAAUGUCAGAGUCCGGAAGUAAUGCUAAAAAAACUAAAGGAAAAAAAUCAGCACAUGUUUUUAGUUCACCAAGAGUUCAAACACGUAGAUCAUCUAUUGAAAAUGGCAAAAAAGAUGAUAUGGUUGUACACAGAAAAGUAUCUGAAGAUUCCCAGACAUCCAACAAGUUACUAUCAUCACAAGAGAAGAUGUUUUCACAGACAUCUUUAUCAAUAUCACUAGUAGAUGAAACACAGUCUCCAAAAAAGAUGAAGCCACCAAAUGAUGAUGCAGUUUUUGUGAAACCAACAACUGACAUGAGAGAGAAAAUGAAUGACAAAACUAAGAUAUGUAAACUAUCCCCUGUUAUAGCUGUGAUUGAAGAGACCCAGUCUCCAAAGAAAUCGACAGGUUUUAAUCCCAUCCUGACAACUCCACCUAAACUUGUAAACCAAGAAGACCUUGACUUCUGUGAAGACUCCAACAUUAUUCCUGCUUCUCCUACUUCAAAUAAAAGUGUCAGACUUGGUACUCCAGUAUUAAAACUAAGGAAGCUAACUCAAAAUGAAAUAUUACAGUAUAGUCCAUCACGUAAAGAUGGCACAAGUUCUAGUCUGACUCCUACUAGAAGACGUGGAAGACCAUGUAAAAGUACAAGUCUUACACCAUGUUCAAGUGAUCCGUCUUCUAACAGAAGUGGUGACAAAGAACUUGCUCAGCUUUUCCUCCAUGAACAUGAUGAUUUUUCUGAUUUAAAACCGAUUCAACCUGAACAAAUUGAGGAUCCAGCACAGAAUGAGGAUCUGCCAGCCUCGCAAGGAUUCUCUGUUGAACAAAGUGGUUCUAAACAAGCAAGUUUGUCAGCUUCUGAAAGUCUGUUUACUGAAAGGGAUUCACAGGAAUAUAAUCCUUGUUUAGAAUCUACACUGAGUGAAACAACUACCAAAGUAGAAAAAUAUGUCAAAUCUGUUGACAAAAGUCCCCCUGCUGUUAUUGAAAAGGAUACUUGUGAAAGUACACAUGAAUCUGAUCCAGGUUCAUAUAAUCCUCUGUUAGAACCAACUUUGGCUACAUCUACCAUAGGUUCUGCUAGAAAAAGAAAGCAGAAAACACCCAAAAAAUUAUCUCCAGAAAGUGCUGGACCACCAAGACGUAAAAGAAGACACAUUUCUCUUACAAGUAAAAAAGAAGAAAACUCUAGUCAAGACGAUUCCGGCAUGGAUGGACAGAAUUUAUCUGAUUCUGUAUCAACACCAAAAAGACGGAGAGUUAUGAGAGGAAAAAAUCAUUCAGAGGUCAAUAACCCUGUAGCAAAUGGUAAGAAAGCUGAAAAGGAGGAUGGAAAAAGUGAAACCAAAAUUCUAUUAACAUCACAAUCAGAAAAGUCUUCAGAAUCAUCACAAAUUAAUUCAUUAAGAAAUGAGGAAAGCCAGGCUUUGAUUUCUUUGGAAGAAUGUCUUCAAAACUCUUCAUCCAAAUCAGUUAAUGACAAUAUAAUUACGGUUGGUCAUGUUCAGAUUGAUAACACAAAUAUUAAUGAGCAAAGUCAAAUAUUCAAACAGAAAAAGUCUGGUGAGUUACCAGUAGAGACUGAUAACUUCAUGGACGUUGAUUUUAAUGAAUCUUUCACAGAAGAUGCAGAGACUGGUCAAAUUCAUUUAAAAAUUAACAAAACACCUGAAUCAGACUCUACCAACAAACAAAAAAUGGAGAAAACACCAGAAAAUCGUUCAAUUACUGAUACACCUACAAGGGUUAGCACCACCAAAAAGAAAAAGGAAGUAGCUCAAAGGAGAUCUUUAACAAAAGGAAAGACAGCCAUUCCACUUGAUUUAGAUACAAAAUUAGACACUGAUGACAGCAAGGACACUUUUAAGACACGAAAUAAAGAGCUUGAAUCAAUCAUAGAAUCUGAAGUUCAGGAAAGUGAGGAUAUCUUUAAAUCUAUCAAGGAAAAUCUAACUGAAGAAGUCAAUGAAAUUUCGGAUAAGAUUAAACAAAACAAACAAACAAUAGAAGCUAUAGAUAUUGAAGAUGUGCAGGCUUCCAUCAAGGAAGAUCAGAAAAAUGUACCUGAGGCAGACAAAAAUUCUGACAAAUUUUCUGGUGAAACUAUUAAAUCAUCUGAACUGAAAGCAGACAAGAUUCUGGGUGACCAGGGAAGCAAUAAUCAGAGUUCUUGUGAUCAACAAGAUAAAAACGAGAGUUCAGUUGACCAAGAAGACAGUAAAAAGACUUCAGGUAACCAGGAAUUUGGUAAUAAGAGUUCCAGUAGCCAGGAUGACAGAAAACAAAGCUCUGAAAAUUUUGAAUUAUUUGAAAAUUCUGAGAAUAAGGAACUGGAAAAUAAUAUUGAACAGGUUUAUACUGAUGAAUUUAACAGCGGAGAAAAGAGAAAUAAUCAAGACAAGAAAGAUGAUAGUCAAAGUAAAAAUAUAGAUGCACAAAAGGAAUGCAUUGAUAACCAACAAGAGAACGACAAUAAUGGCACCAUAAACUCUUCAAAUACAAAUGUAUGUUCAGAAAAUAAAAAUAAUAAAUCAGAAGAAAAUUUGGAUACCAGUUUAAUGUCAACAUCAUUUACCAGUGAAAGUGAUGACAAUGUCCCCCUUUCUUCAUUGAAGCCAAAAGAUAUAAGUCCAACUUCGGAUUUAGAAAAUUUUUCAGAACCAGAGGGUUUGCCAAAUAAAUCCAGAAAGGGCAGGCCAAAGAAAAUAACAGGGGAUGGGAAAGGGAAGACUUCUCCUUUGUCUCAAAGGUUAAGAUCCUCAGGUAGAACUUUACGUACACGUGGUAUAAAGAAGGCAGCAAGCGAUAUGUUAUCUCUAUCUAAAUCAAAAAGGACAAAAAGAAACAAUGUAGAUACAACACAGAUAGAAGAAGAAAAAGAUGGAAAAGGUGCUUUGUCAGAACUUACUACUGAAGCCAAUGAUGUGAUUGUUAUACCAUCGCAAUCUCAGUCUACAAGUGUUAAAAUUGAUGAAGCAGAAGAAAUCGUCGGCCCUGAUAAUCUGAAAAAAUUCAAUGAUAUGAUGCAAGAUGAAACUCCACGUAAAACUCCGGAUGUAAUAAAUACAAGAAAAGGUUUAACCUUUGCUGACAGACAUUCUGACAGUAAAUUGAUCACAGUAUCACGUAAAUUUGAGAAAAGGUCAAUCAUGGCUAGACGUAGCAUACUUAAACCAACAAUUCGUUCCUUAAGUCUUGAAUCACCAUCACAGCGUAAAAGUUUUCAUCCAAUCAAAAUUGGCCAUAUCUAUUCUCCAUCUGCUUCACCAAGUGCAGGAAUAUUGAAAAGAAGAAGACUUAGUGGAGAGAAAGCAAAGGAUUCACCAUCUCCUCCACCAAAGCAAAGAAGAGUGUCAUUUGCUACACCUUUAUCAGAAUCCAAACAGAUGAAUGGAACAACAGAGAGACCUGCUUCUCCACUGGUAUCAACAUCAACAUCUAAAGUCUCAUCUUCACUUGAAAAGAUUUUCACAUCAUCAGUUAGUGACAGUCAAGUUACAGAUUCUGACUUGAGUAAGAAAGAUAGUGAGAUGAGCCAGAGUAGUUAUGCUAGUACCCAGCAAUCUCAACUGAACACUUCAGAUGCAGUAUUUCCUGAACUGAAAAGUUGUGCUGUCAGUGUAGAUAAAGUUCUACCACAGUUGACAUCAUCCAUGUGGGCAAGAGGACUGGGACAAUUAGUUAAAGCGAGGAAUAUUCACACAAUAGGAGAUUUAUCAUCAUUGACAGAAAAACAAGUAGAUGAAUUACCAAUAAGAUCACCUAAGGUAUCUGUGGUACGGAAGGUUCUCAGAAAGUAUGAAGAACAAACAGGUGCAAAACAGAUUAAAAUUAUUUCGGCACAGGAAAAACAAGGAAAUGCUAAAGAGGAACAGAAUAUAGAUAAAACAGAUAUUCAGGUUUCAUCAACAGAUUUACAAAAGAAUCAGGCUGACAGCAAAGUUUCAACAACAGAUUUACAAAAUGAUCAGUCUAACAGCAAAGUUUCAACAACAGAUUUACAAAAUGAUCAGUCUGACAGCAAAGUUUCAACAACAGAUUUACAAAAGGAUCAGGCUGACAGCAAAGUUUCAACAACAGAUUUACAAAAGAAUCAGGUUGACAGCAAAGUUUCAACAUCAAAUUUACAAAACGAUCAGGCUGACAGCAAAGUUUCAACAGCAGAUUUAGAAAAUGAUCAGGCUGAAAGCAAAGUUUCAAAAGCAGAUUUAGAAAAUGAUCAGGCUGAAAAUAAAGUUUCAAAAGCAGAUAUAUCUAUUGAACAAAAAGAUGAUAAAUCUACAGUGGAUAAUACAGACAGUAAAACUCAGACUGGUGAUAUAUCUAUAUCUACACUGGAUAAAGCAGACAUUGAAAUUCAGACCAUAUUACAUUCUAGUGAUAAAAUAGUACCCCAUACAGAUGACAUGAAUACAAUGGUGUCAACUUCUGUUUCAGAAGGCACAUCUAGUGAAUUGAAAAUUGAUCCGGAGGAAAAAACUGUUGACAAAAAUUCUAUGAUAUCAACAUUACAAAGUUUGGUUGAACAGUGUAAAAAUGAUAACAUGAAGGAGUUGAAAACUCAGGAUAUAUUUAAAAUUCACCAACAUUUAUCAGAAUUAACCACUUCUGUGGUGGAUACAUUGAAACAACGAUGCCAUUCUCCAACCGAAAACUAAAUUAUAACAUUAAUAUAUACAUAUGUCUGUAUCAUGUUUUAAAAUAAUAAUAUCUAUUUUCUUUUA